CGGGACUCGCCAUAGUAGACAUGGCGGGUAUUAGCUUACGUGAAUGACGGCGAUUGCGAUAGAAAUAUUCACAAAAAUCAGUGUUCUAUGUGUGUUUCGCGUAACGAGAACGGUAGAUUGGUGUCAUAUGAUUUAUCGGGAAGGUAAAAAUGCAGAAUGUAGGACAAGGAACAACUUCGGAUAGCCAGAAACACGAAAAAGCGAACGUCGUUCAUCACGACAUAGGAAAAACGUCGACUCCCCAGUCUUCGAACUCCAGCCCUACGAAGUCGGAGACCGAGACGUUCUCAGAAUUACAGCCCCGCUUUAUGACAGACUCGUCGGAGAGCGAGGAGGAUAGCGUUUCAGAGGUGGAGUGUUUUGCAAUUGAUCAAGCGGAGUUGGACGAGAAUCAUCACCUAGAGACGUCAAAGUUUUUGUUGACACCUGAAGAUCCAGAACGGGCAGUGGACCCUGAAACUCAGGCACGGCUAGAGGCGCUUCUGGAAGCUGCCGGUAUUGGUAAAUUAUCGUCUGGUGAUGGGAAGCAUCUGGCUGAUCACGAGGUGCUUCGUCGUUUGACAUCAAGUGUGUCUUGCGCAUUAGACGAAGCCGCGGCGGCGUUAACUCGCAUGCGCAGCGACAACCCUCGAACCCAGAACGAAAAGCGAUCUCUCGUUGAAGCCUGCACGGACGGUGACGUUGGCACGGUGAGAAAACUCCUGACGGAGGGACGCAGCGUACACGAGACUACCGAGGAAGGAGAAAGCCUCCUCUCUCUAGCUUGUUCUGCCGGGUAUUACGAAUUGGCACAGGUACUACUGGCAAUGAAUGCUAACGUUGAAGAUCGUGGCAUCAAGGGGGAUUGCACCCCCUUGAUGGAAGCAGCCAGUGCAGGACAUGUGGACAUCGUUCUACUUUUAUUAGCUCACGGAGCCGAUGUCAACGCGCAGUCUACGUCAGGGAAUACGCCUCUGAUGUAUGGCUGUGCUGGCGGUCAUGAGGAGGUAGUAAGAACACUCCUAGAAGCUGGUGCCAACGUAGAAGACCACAAUGAAAAUGGUCACACCCCCCUAAUGGAAGCAGCCAGUGCCGGUCAUGUGCCAGUUGCUAAAAUUCUCCUAGAACAUGGCGCUGGCAUCAAUACUCAUUCCAACGAAUUCAAAGAGUCUGCUUUGACGCUUGCCUGUUAUAAGGGUCACUUAGAUAUGGUGCGGUUUUUACUUGAAGCUGGAGCUGAUCAGGAACAUAAAACUGAUGAAAUGCAUACUGCGUUAAUGGAAGCCUCCAUGGAUGGGCAUGUUGAGGUGGCUAGGCUACUGUUAGACUCUGGUGCACAAGUCAAUAUGCCAACGGAUAGCUUUGAAUCUCCAUUAACCUUGGCAGCAUGCGGGGGCCACGUCGAUCUGGCCAUGCUACUCAUCGAACGAGGAGCGAAUAUCGAAGAAGUCAACGACGAAGGUUAUACACCUUUAAUGGAAGCAGCUAGAGAAGGACAUGAGGAAAUGGUGGCUCUACUUCUCAGUCAAGGAGCGAAUAUCAAUGCUCAAACAGAAGAAACCCAAGAAACAGCUUUAACACUCGCGUGUUGCGGAGGUUUCCUAGAAGUAGCAGAUUUCCUCAUCAAGGCAGGUGCGGAUAUAGAACUGGGCGCAUCCACCCCUCUAAUGGAGGCAGCUCAGGAAGGACAUAUAGAACUUGUUCGAUAUCUGCUGGAAUCCACUGCCGAUGUUCAUGCCCAAACUCAAACGGGUGACACAGCAUUAACGUAUGCUUGCGAGAAUGGUCACACCGAUGUUGCCGAUCUCCUACUGCAGUAUGCAGCGGAUCUGGAACAUGAAUCUGAGGGAGGAAGAACUCCACUGAUGAAGGCGUGCCGUGCCGGUCAUCUUUGUACAGUGCAGUUUCUCAUAUCUAAACGUGCGGAUGUCAAUAGACAAACAACCAACAACGACCAUACACCUCUCUCUCUGGCUUGUGCUGGGGGACAUAUUACAGUUGUCGAACUUCUCCUCGCACAGUCUGCCGAUCCAUUCCAUAAACUCAAGGACAAUUCAACAAUGCUGAUAGAAGCAGCCAAAGGUGGACACACGAAUGUUGUCCAACUUCUGCUCGAUUACCCUCACAGUAUCAUGAUGAGUACACCGCACAACGCAACCACCACCCCCAUGCUACUGCCUCAACAGCAGCAACAACAACAACAGCAGCAGCAGCAGCAGCAGCACCAGCAGCAGCAACAACAGCAGCAGCAGCCGCAGCAGCAGCAACAACAACAGCAGCAGCAGCAACAGCAGCAGCAGCAGCAGCAGCAGCAGCAGCAGCAACCACAACAGCAACACCAACUGCAUCAGCAGCAGCAGCAGCAACAACAACAGCGUCACCAACAGCAGCAUCAAAUACAACAACAACAACAACAACAACACCAACAACAGCAACAAUUGCAGACACAGAAUCUACAACAACAGCAAAAAGCACUGCCGCAACAACUUACUCAUCAACAAGACGCGACCCACCAGCAACAACCACCAACUCAACAGCAACAGCAGCAGCAAGCAACGGAGCAAUCGCAAACCCAGAAUCUGCAGCCAAAGCAUAACACACAGAAAUCGUUGCUUAGAAAGAACCGUUCUGUGACGGUGCUUCCAGAUAUGAGUCUAACUUCUGCUGAAGCACAACAAGUGCGAACACAACCCGCAGGUGAAGCUGUUGCCUCCACUAAAGAUGAUACGAAUAUUUUGGAUAAAGGGAGCGGGGGUCUCACCAGCCUUUCAGAACCUAAUAUUAGCGUAAGUCCGGCGCCAGUCUCAGUUCCGCCUAACUCUGAUGGACGGAAGCAUACACGACAGGAACAGAUCCUCAAGAAACAACAAAUUCUUGAAGAAUUGCAGAGGGUUGAGAGAGAGUUGCAAAUCAAGGGGGCAGGCCACCUGUUCUUGGGUUCAUCCAGUACGCCCGUAGAUCCCUUGGUGACACAACAACAGCAGCAGCAGCAGCAGCAGCAACAACAGCAGCAGCAGCAACAGCAACAACAACAACAGCAGCAACGGCAAGAUAUCACCGAACCUGACUCGCUGUUACCGGGCAUGCUGAACAUUGACCUUUCUAACCAAUCUGCAGGCACAUCUCAUGGGCUGGUUUGUGGUUCCGGUGGUAUGUCGGAAGGCCUGUUCGCUCAUCAGGGAACGAACCACGCGAUAUCGUGCCACCUUGCUUACCUCCGCGGACAAAAUGCUGCCCUUGCAGGAAAAAUGGCUCUACUCGCAGAAAAUGGCCAGCAAAUCACUGUACAAGGCUCCUGCCUGCAACAGGCGCAACAACCACUGCCCAUGCUCCCUUCUGCGACGGAAACUGUUCCUAGCGCAAGCAACUUUCCUACCACUCCACCUCUGUCUCUCGCUUCUAUCACCGUUACCUCUACUUCCGCUGUAGCAGCGUCAAAUAUGACCUUGACAACAACUCCAAGUCCACCUAAUAUUUCCACACCUCCUACCGUCACAACCGCCUCCCAGCCGAUCACUGCGAGCAGUGACGUAAGCCAUAACACAGCCAUAAGCGACCGCCCUAAAGCCAAACCUGCAUCUAAGAAGGAAGGUAAAAACGUUCGUAAAGCUGCGUCUGGCACGACAGGUGGUAAGCUACAGCAGCAGCACGUUACCCUAAUGGCUGGUCUUCAGCAGCAGUAUCAGCAGAAGCAGCGCCAGCAUACCUAUCAAGUGCACCAGGUCCAUCAACUCCAGCAACUCAAUCAACAGCUUCAACUACAGCUCGACCAAGUUCAGGUUCAGCAACAACCACAGCAACAACAGGGUGGUAUCGGGGGUGUUGAGGGUGGCUGUGGAGGCAGCAUAGCGAUGCCCACUCAGCUGAUGGCUCACCUCCACCCUACUCACACCCACAAUCUUCACAGCCAGGCACCACAACAAAACCUUCCUGAACAGAUGGAUCCUGAACUGGCCAGGUUGCAUAGAGAAGGGGCUUGCCCAUUUUUCGCUGCUGCACAAAAGGCCAAAGCGUUAGCUACAGAUGAAAAAAUUUUGAAGCUGGAAGAUGGAACGCAGAUACCUAUUGACGAUGUUGCUGAAAUAUUCGAAUCCUUUAGCCUAGAUGAUGUUGCGAAUGCAGCGGAGGAUCAAGAAAAGAUGAAGCUUGAAGCGACUAGCAAAGAGAUUCAUCAACAGUUGCAACAACAGCAGCAACACCAACCUGGUCAAAUGAUGCAACAAGCUAUUAGUCCACCCCAUACUACCAGAGAAUAUUUUGCCGUCCCCGUACCAUCGGGACCGUCGGUUUCUUUGCCAACGCUGCCGUCGCUUCAAGUAACAAGCACAGGUGUACAAAUCCAAGCAGAUAUAUCAGCAGGAUUACAAUUAACUGGUACGCAGCCCCUACAAAAUCAAAUGCUAAACGAUCGACUGAGCGGUUUUCAAGCAGGCCUUCAAGCCGGUAUGCAAAUGAUCGCUGGUGAUGCUUUUCAGUCUCAACUACUUCUACAGUCGUCUCAAUUGUCAUUUCCUACGCAAACAUUGCCACCCGCCACUGUCGCUAGCGCCGUAGUAGAUAGCCUACCUCAAUCUCCGAACAGCUAUACACAGUCCACAGCUUGUAGCACUCAUCACGUACAAGUAGCAACACAAACUCAGGCACCAGCUGCUUCUGCAACAUUGGCCACCACCGCUAAUGACAAGAAGCAGGCAUGCACUGUUACUGGAAACACUGCUAUUACUGGAAAAGGCAAGAAGGGUCGAUUCCCGCUUCUAAAUCAACAACAAUCUUGUCAACAACAAACCGCUACUCCUCCAGUACAACAACAAGGAGCUAAUUUCCCUGCACAAAGCUAUCAGCUUGAUCCUGCUGCAGUAGCAGGCCAAUACACGACUGGUGUACCAACGGUUGGCAGUUACGCACCGAAUCAAGUACCUCCUGCUCCAUUCUCUUGUAUGGAUGUAGAUUCUGAAACAGACAGCAAUCAUGACACUGCCCUGACAUUAGCUUGUGCUGGUGGACAUGAAGAACUUGUUGAAUUACUUUUGAGCCGUGGCGCUGAUAUCGAACAUAGAGACAAAAAAGGUUUCACACCACUGAUAUUGGCUGCGACUGCCGGGCAUGAGAAGGUAGUGGAGAUCCUAUUGAACCAUGGCGCAGAUAUAGAGGCUCAAUCGGAACGUACCAAGGAUACUCCCCUUUCUCUGGCGUGUAGCGGAGGAAGGUACGAGGUGGUCGAGCUACUGCUGAACCGAUCCGCCAACAAAGAGCAUCGCAAUGUCUCGGACUACACGCCGCUUAGUCUAGCAGCUUCAGGAGGCUACGUCAAUAUUAUCAAACUUUUGCUUAGCCAUGGAGCCGAAAUUAAUUCCCGAACCGGGUCCAAGCUGGGCAUUUCCCCCCUAAUGCUUGCUGCCAUGAAUGGACAUACGGCUGCGGUAAAGCUACUACUGGAUAUGGGUAGUGAUAUCAACGCUCAGAUUGAGACGAAUCGUAACACUGCAUUGACCCUUGCUUGCUUCCAAGGAAGACACGAGGUUGUCAGUCUUCUGCUUGAUCGUAAAGCCAAUGUAGAGCAUCGAGCAAAGACGGGAUUGACACCGUUGAUGGAGGCUGCCAGUGGCGGAUAUGUAGAAGUAGGGCGAGUCCUACUCACUAAGGGUGCGGACGUAAAUGCUACUCCAGUACCCUCUUCUCGAGAUACUGCACUCACCAUCGCAGCUGACAAGGGUCACUGCCGAUUUGUAGAAUUACUACUCUCUCGAGGGACGCAAGUGGAAGUUAAAAAUAAAAAAGGUAACAGUCCUUUAUGGCUCGCGGCGAAUGGAGGUCAUCUCAAUGUUGUUGAUCUACUUCAUCAUGCGGGUGCAGACAUUGAUUCGCAGGAUAACCGAAAGGUAUCUUGUUUGAUGGCAGCAUUUCGCAAAGGUCACAUAAAAGUGGUGAAAUGGAUGGUAAAUCAUGUAACCCAAUUCCCAAGUGAUCAGGAGAUGACAAGGUAUAUAGCAACCGUCAGUGAUAAAGAGCUGCUAGAGAAAUGUCAAGAAUGCGUAAAAAUAAUCCGAGCUGCCAAGGAGACACAGGCUGCGAAGGCGAAUAAAAAUGCAACUAUACUUUUGGAAGAGCUCGACAUGGAGAAAACGAGAGAGGAGUCGAAGAAAGCAGCUGCGGCACGUAGACGCGAACGAAAAAAGAAAAAGAAACUUGAGAAAAAAGAGGAGAAACGAAAACUUCAUGAAGAGAAUAAGAAAAACGAAACGAUUUACGAAGACAAAGAAGAUGGUAGUAAAAAAUCAGGAGAUGAAGAAGGAGAUAGAGGUGAGGAUAGCGAAAGGGAGGGUGGAGAUAAUUGCGAAAGGAUGGAACAUGUACCUUCUCCGGUAAACAGAAGUCCCGAAGAUCCUGAUAAAGAGGAAGGGGACAGCGGUAUUGAUGCCAAUAGUCAAGGUAGCUGUAGCAGUAACGAUGUCAAAGCUAGAGAGAAGAAGAAGGAUAAGAAAAAGAAGAAAAGUAGUAGCCCAAGCAAUAACGAAAAAGAAUUGUCGCCUCACAGAUCCCCGAAGGCACUUCUAGCGCCUAGUUCAAAUAUACCCCACAAUUCAAUCACGCCAACAAAGUCGCAGAGUAGUAACUUUGACAAAAGAGUAUCAUCAAAUGAUAUUGGUGGAAUGCCUAGCACUUCUCCAUCUGUGUCCAAUACAAGGGCAGCCACAGCAGCGGCGGUUAGUUCGAGUGAGCGAAAACUCAAAGGGCAACUUGUAUUUGAGUCAUCAAGGCAUCCAGCCGAUAGGGAAGAUUUCGAAGCCACUGGUAACGAGACGUACAUGCCGGGCAAGGGGAAAAAGUCUUACAGUAUUCAGUAUGAUAACGACAGUCUUAAUACCUCUAUCAAGUCUAAUAAUUCUACCAGCCCCAAACAGGGUGGGAAACGGGAUGAAGGCUGGAAAGAAGUUGUUCGAAAGGGACAAUCUGAUGACUCUGGAAGAUUUAUGAACUCACCGUUCCGUUCGAAGAAAGUCUCUGUCCCUUUGAAUGCCAUUAGUAGGGUAAUUGGUAGAGGGGGCAGUAACAUAAACGCCAUUCGCGGUGCAACUGGAGCGCACAUCGAAGUCGAGAAGCAGAGUAAAGGCCAGGGUGAAAGAAUUAUAACGAUAAAGGGAUCAUCCGACGCUACGAAGCAAGCACACUCGCUGAUAGCUACAUUGAUCAAGGACCCCGACGUUGACAUACUGCAGAUGCUACCAAAAACUAAGCUCAAUGUCACUCCCUCGUCUUGGGAUAAAACUAUUCCUGCUCUCACGGCUACAAAAACAAAAGUAGGACCAACAAAUAAACCUCCUAGUCUGGUUUGCAACGUUGGAGGAUCGCAGAUAAACAAAGCUGGCUACAUGCCAGGAGUAGCAUCUGUUGGCCAAUUGUUACCGUCCCUUCGACCAUCAUCUACUGUGAAAAUUGCUGGAGCCUUUCCUGCUUCCAUACCACGAGCAACUGCACCAAGACUAGUCGCAGCAGCUGAAAAACGAGCACAAGCCGUUGCGGCGGCUCAAUUAGCUUCGUCGACUAAUACAAAGACAACAAUGUCAUAUACAAGCGCAAUUAUGACUGCAGGGAGAGCAACAAAGAUCGUAACAACAAGUACAACGCAAACAUUCGCCGCAAAACUAUCGGAAAUCACUGCCUCGGCACAUACAUCUUCUACAAUUAUGCCAUCGUUGCAAUCCAUUGCACAUAAACAAAAACCAUCCCAAGCAGCUACUGGAAUUACGGUGAUGUCGUCAACGGCGCCGACGACUCCUCAGACAUCUCCGCAACAAACUUUACCGAGCACAUCACCGAAACACUGCCGACCACUGCCUACGCUUUCCGCGCCGCCGACAAUGCCAUCUCAUUAUCCAGGAAAAAUUCCUUUUUCACCUGGUCCCAACGGAACUCUGCCUUCCAUGGGUCAAGGAACGUCGAGCGGGUCAGAGAACACUGUCGUCUCAACAUCGGCAAGCUCUGUACGAGUGACGCCUUCACCUCCAUCGGUGACGCAACCUUCGACAAUGCAACAGCAGCAACAACAACCCCAACAGCAACAGCAGCAGCAGCAGAUACGCAGUUCCACCCCGAUCGCACCUUCCAUGCAAGAACAACAGCAGCAAUCGUCCAACACACCUCUCGAGUACUCAUUGUUCAAUGACACCUUUACUAAAGUUACUCAACAAUCUAUGUGGGGAGGCCGGGACAACGAAUCCCAGAAAGGAAUGAAUUUUGCAACUGUUGCUGGUGGCGGCGUAACAGUCAACACUUCCGGUUCAUCCAACAAUAAGUUUAUCGACAGCAUUCCUCCUCAGGUGGAUGCGUCCAAAGCUCCAGGAUACAGAGGCACGACUGUCUGUUCGCCGGUGUCCAGUAAAUCAAGCAGCGGGGGCAACAGCACCUCGGGGACUAGCAUUGGAAGUGGAGUGUCGCCUUCGGCAGUACACAACCCUAUCCAACCGCCGAGUAUCGUUCAAUACCAGUCAUCGAAUUAUAACGAAGCACAGCUCCCUUCGAAAGCACCUGGAAGUCUGGCGGUAGCGCGUCCGGUCAUGCCUCAGCAAAAUAUUGAAAUGGGAGGUGGUAUGACGCAAUUCAACAGGCCAGUUUUUCAGGGUGAUAUGAACUCGAGGAACAACGCGCCUCACCAGCCACAGCACGUUAUGCCAUCAGCUUCGCAGCAGACUCUGGACGUUGGAUUAUUCAAGGGAAACAAUGCUGGGUUCGAGCAUCCCAACGUGAAUUCGAACCUGUUGAAAAUGGUGCCGAACAACGAGGCUCAACCUGGUCACCCAAUGAUGCCUUUUCACCCUCACAUACAGAGCUUCACGCAAACGAUGCCGCAAUCUGCAUCGGUAAACACCACCGUCAGCAUGUCGAGGCUAAACCCUAGAGCACCGGAUUUUUCAAGCUCUCUCCAUAUCAGCAACAAACCACAAGUACCAAUGUUCAAUGCUGGUGCCGGAAUUCAUCCAAACAUGUUUGCCGCAGUACCUGCACCACCUCCGUCAGCCCUGCAGUCCACAAACUUGGCGAUGCUUGGCAAUUAUCCUUUGGGAAAAUAUCAGACCCAGACAAGGGGAACCCCGAACGCGAAUAUAUCGACAAACGGUCAAACCCGGUGGCCCUUUGCACCGCCGCAGCACAACAGCUAUCCUCCUCAUCAGGACCCGAUGAUGGGUCAAAUAGGAUUUUCCAAUCACUUGGCAAAUAUGGGCGGUCAGCCUGGAGGUAUCGACUUGAUAACGGGCCUUGAAAACGGAGGUUCACCGGCGAUGUCUCCGUCCUCGCCUGCACAGGUACAGCAAGAAAUGAAUCAGCUGAAAAUCGAAGAUCGGAAGGUGCCACGGCCGAUUGGUACUGAAAGAGCUUGGAAAAAUUAUACAACGGGGAUGGGACCGGGAGGUGAUGCAGAUUCUAUGAACUGGAUGCUUAAUAAUGAAAAAUUAGUUGGAUCUUGGGCUAAUCUUACUCCAGGAAUGGACAGAAAUCAAAUGUUUCGCUCAAAUACUGCAUACAAUCGUAUGUCCAACGUUGACGUCGAACUUCAUCAAAUGAUGGAAUCCACUUUCCAAGGUCAUAUGGAUAAUCCGCCACCAUUUCCUAACGGAAGUACUACUGCACUUUCUAUGAUGCCAAGUCUGGCUAUGUUACCCGGCCAGUUUGGUGCUGCCGGAUUACCUGAAAUACCUCCGAAUGAAUCUGCUAAGAUGGAACCACCUGCUUGGGGGAUGCCCGACUCUGUGCAAGAUAAACAGCAUACGGGGUGGAACAAAUGGGCGCAUUAAAUCUUGAAAGCCUUUCGUCGAUACCUCGUCUCAAAGAACAUGUGGGCUGACAGUACUGGGAUAUGGAGUAGAAGUAGAUUUGAGAAAAAAAAAGAAAAAAGAAAAUCCUGGCAUGCAUUGAGCGAUGUUUCUAGUUAACUACAUAAAAUUACAAUACUACCUAUAUUCAUUGACACACAGAUCCAUAUUACUUGUCAUGCUAGGUGAUAAGAUGGUAAAUCCUUACUUCAAUUUAUUGCUAUUAUCAACUAUACUUAUUCGAUACCAAUAAUUAAUAAAUAUGGCGUAUGUGAACUAACGAUGGACCGCGAUCAGGAUUCGUUUAAACGGCGUUCAAUGCGACGGUCGUAACGUCAGUUAAAUGAGAAAAAUGGAAAAAAUGAAGAAAGAAAAAUACUAAAAAUAAAAUAAAUGAAAUAAAAAUACGAUUGUUGUCCCACGAUAGUUGCAUGCUCCGUACGUGCUAAUUGAUAAUGAUAUGCUGAUGAUGGUGACUGUUUCAUUCUGUCAUUGGGACGGUUUACCUAUCUGUCUAACUUUAUAAACUACGAUACUUGCCAGGCUCGUCACAAAAAAGUAAAAGAAAAAAAAAUAUAUUGAAAUAUAUAUUAUUAUGUUGCCUUUGGCUUCUCUAGUAGCAAUUGUGUGCACAACGGCUCUUUAUCAGUGAUUGACUGUUUCAUCAUGAUCAGUAAAUAACCUUUUUUGAUUUAUUUAUGUUGAAAGUACCUAUAUGAUUAUCUAUUACUAUUCGCUAUAAGAAUGAUAUAAUAACUAUUUGAAAUAAUAUGAAUAUACCAUGAUUAUGUAAAUAAUUAAUUUGUGGUGGAAUUCCAAUUACUUCCAUACCGCGAAAAAAGUGAAAAUCAAAAAAAAAAAAAAAAAAACUGACGAAUGAAAAAAAUAACCAAAUUGAAGAACAAUCCCCUUUUAAA